AUGGAAGAUUAUCGGUAUCCUAUUGUUAGGCGCCUCGUGCCCAAAUGGUUCUUCGAGAUUGUCGUACACAUCUGCGCUGUUGUCGUCGCCCAGCCCCUCCUCCUACUGACCCUCUGUUUCCCCAUCCGAGCCAUGCUCCUUCCUCCCUCCGAACUCUCAUACGGCCCCUUUCCCUCGGCGUACAUCUCCCUCGCUGCCUUUUCCCCUCUCCUCUCCACAGCCCGGAAAUUGGGCAUACCCCUCGACACGCCAGUCCUUCAUGUCGGCGACGCGUUAGCUGCCCUACUGGCCCUAACUGCUGUGUACAUCCAGAAGAAAACCGACGACGCAAUGUACGCCUACCAGGAGGCCAAGCAUGGUGCCAUGCGGGCGAAUCCCUCCCCAAGGGUGAUUGAAGAUGGUGAACCCCUUCCCGCUCAAGUACCGCCCGAGUUUUAUCCCGGCUUCCCAACUAAAGGUAUUCACGCAGUGGUGCGCCACGCAAACUUUACAUCGGAACAGACAUUCUGGCUCGCGCAGGGAUUGCUUGGCCUCGGUGCCGGGCCCGCUGCGCCGAGGGUCGGGUCGUGUCUACUCCCACCCUUUUUGCUCAGUUUGCUCUUCCUCGGCUCGACGACGCUUACCGAGUGGAUCACGUCGCACCGCUACCCCGCGUAUGGGGCGUACAAGCAGCUGGUGGGCCAGUUUACGCCCAUGGAGACGGGCAUCAAGUGGAUCUGGACGACGAUGAGGGGCACGCGCGCCGAGUUGCAGGCCGAGCUGGACCCUCUGGUGCGUCAAGACUAG